AUGAAGUCGACUGUGUUCUCGUGCGUCGUAGUGGGCUUUGCCAGUCUAUUGUUGACAUUAGAAGGCACAGCUUGCCUUCUUGCUGUUAAAAAUGUGUGUGUCGUGACGCAAUCCAGCAGCAUUGUCAUGCUCACGAUAGGUGUGUCGAUGCUAGUGCCGAUCACUUGUUGCCUCUUUGCAGCCCGAGCUGACAGUUGUGAAGCACGAGAUAACAACAAGUUUCGACUAUCGCACGUAUCAUAA